ACGAACCCGCCCCGAGAUCCAUCCAAUCCACUCUCCCCAAAAAUGCGCAAAUUGCGACCUCCAAUGGCCUCAUCCACCACACCGUAGCAGAUCGCCGCCACGGCGACGAUGACGUCUCCGUUGACAGCCCGCGGUGGAAUCGUGGAUGCUCCGGCGGCGAACCGCGGCGGAAUCAGGGGACUGCAGAAGCUCACCAAGCUGUUGCUGAAUGUGAAUGUUCAGAACGGUCUUGGGCCGAUCAGGGUGGUGCUCUCGCCGGAAAACACCGUCGGAGAUUUAAUCAAGGAGGCGGUUGAGUUGUACGCUAAGGAGAAGCGGCGGCCGUUGUUGCCUAGCCCUAACCCUGCCUGCUAUGAGCUUCAUUAUUCUCAAUUUAAUCUCCAAAGGUUAAGAGAGGAAGAAAAGUUGAUGAACUUGGAGUCUAGAAACUUCUUUUUAUGUCCAAAAUUAAAUGAUGGAGUGCAGAGAAGAUAAUCACAUCCAUUGGUGCAAGGACCCAAAGGCAAAUAGUAAAUUCAUAACUAUAUUCCCUUUGUAAGAAAAGUUAGGGUCUGUUUGUUUCAGUCUUUUAAUGGUGAUGUCUGAAUGGUUCAGCACUUAAUGGUUCAGACUGUUUGUUUCGUGAGCAAAUGUCUGAAUGAUUCAGACAUUUGCCUCUGAAUGGUUAAGUAUUAUACAGAGUCUGAAUGGUUAAGACCUCUUAUCUGAAUUGAUCAGACAUUUGCCCCUGGAUAGUUAAGCAAUAUACUAGCUCUUAAUGGUUCAGACCUCUUACUGGUUCAACACUUAAUGGUUCAGACCUCUUACUGGUUCAGCAUUUACCAAUUCAGAAGUUGCCAAACAGUCCCUUAAACCCAAAGAGGUAAAUGAAGUUGUAAUGGUGGAAAGGAAACUUUAUCUAGAAUAUGGUCAUUCUUCAUCGUUGUUGUCAGGAACCGAUUCUGAGUUUACCCUUUUGACACCCACCUCUCAACCAUGUGCUCUUGUGAGCAUAUUAUUGUAUUCCCUUUGUGACCAUAGUACUUGUAUAAAUUUUGUUGUACCAUAGAAAAAAGAGUAGAGAAAGUGAAAAAUAAAACUUUCAAAUAAUAACAUUUGUUGUCUAGU